AUGGGAAUGGGCAUCCGUGAUGAGGCUCCAUAUAACAUGCAAGGACCCCUUCGCUCUCGAAUAUGCCAGCACAGCGGCCCUCGUACCAGAUCCCCACAAAAUCAAGACAUGUACGACAGAGAUCUGAUCAGUGCGACCUGCCUCGUCCCAGUCCCCGGUGCACUAGAAAGUCUCCGUUACACGCAUGCGCAGCCUUGCAGCCCGGACACGCCCCCGAGUGGCCGCCCCAGAACAUCCACCGCACAUCUGGAAAUCAGAUACGGGCCGCCAUGCGAGGCGGACGCGUUGAACCGGAAGUCUGGAUCUCUCCCCGGGGCGGACGGCCUCGGAGGCGCUUAA